AUGAUGCUCGCGUCCUCCGCGACCUCUCGCGCGGUCUUCACGCCGCGCGCGGCGCGCGCGACGCGCGCGCGCGCGGCCUCGCGCGCGGCGUCCGCGCCGCAAUCGCGCGGUCCCCGCGACGCCGCCGUGACGUUUCGAAAGACGGCGACGCCGCGCCUCGUCCGUCGCGACGCGAGAUCUUCUUCCUCCUCCUCCUCCUCCUCCUCCUCCUCCUCCUCCUCCUCCACGAGCGCGCGUUCGUCCGCGUUCGUCCCCGUCCCGACCGACGCGUCCGCCUCCGCGGUCGUCAGCUACGACCUCCUCGGCAUCGCCGGCGGCGACGACGCCGCCGUCGCCCUCGCGUCGGACGCCUUCGAGCGCGUGGACGACGUCGUGAUGGGCGGCGUGUCCUCCUCCUCGAUCGCGCCCGACCCGAGCGGAAGGAAGUGCCUCGUCUGGGCGGGGAAGUGCCGCUCCCAGGGCGGCGGCUUCACCGGCGCGCGCUCCGUCGCGCUGAAGACGCCGUUAGACCUCAGCGCGUACGACGGCGUCGCCAUCAGAGCCGGGUUCGAGUCCGACGACGAGCCGUCGCGGCGCACGUGGAAGGCGACGCUCCGCACGCAAAACAACCGCGGCGAGGUCGUGUACCAGGCCACGUUCGUCCCGCCCGUCUCCGCGCCGGGCGGCGACGCGCCGGGACCGGAGGAGGAGAUCAAGAUCCCGUGGGCGUCGUUCCGGCUCGUCCGCGGGCCGGUCGUCGUCCCGGACGUCCCGCCGCUGAGCGCGGAGCAAUGUAAAGCGGUCUACGGCGUCGGACUGAUCAUGUCUCGGUUCGGUCCUCGAGGGCCGAUGCCGGACUUCCGCGAGGGGCCGUUCAAGCUCGCGAUCCACGCGUUCGGGGUGUACGCCGCGGACGGGAUCGCGCGGGGGAUCGCGCCGCCGAGUCUUCUCCCGGAGGCUGCGGGGGAGGAAAACGUCGGGAAGAAGAAGAGCGAGAAUCGCGGGAGCCGGACGAUCGUCGGGUGGCUGCUCGCGCCGCUCGUCGCGCUCGUGUUCUCUGAGACCGGCCGCCGUCGAAAGCGCGCGCGCGCGAUCUUGAAGGAGCGGUACGGCAUGGGCGAGGUGAAGGCCAGGUUCGCGUACGGGCAAGGGCUGAAGAAGGCUCGGAGCGGGAGCGGGAUGAAAGCCGCGGCGGAGGGGGUGGUCCAGCUUGCGAGGGACGCGGUCGCCGCGGUGCUGACGCUGCCGCUGAGGCUCAUCUUCAUCGCCGUGGGGAGGACGAUUGGGUUGAUCCGGAAGCUGAAGGGCGAGAAGGCGCUGCCGCCGAUGAAGUAGGCUUUCUAUUAUUUUUACGAGUAUUUCGAUUCAACGUGCGCGU